AUGGUUGGAAAAACUGGUGCUCCCGUAUUCAUAAAGUCUGACAAUGUUAUUGACCUCAUCAUCCACGAUCAUAACGAGGCCAAAGCGCUCUAUGAACAGUAUAAGCAAACUCAAGAUAAGGAUAGCAAGAUGAGCAUCUGCAACAAUUUAAUCAAAAAGUUGGUACAACAUGACGAAGUUGAACAACUGCUGGUAUAUCCUUUAUUAAGAGAAGACAUUGGUGGUUCCGUUGGUGAAGGUCACUACGAAAGAAGCUUACACGAACAUCAAGAUCACAGAAACUUACUUUACAAUGUGAAGCAAUCUGACAUCAAGACCGACGCCAACUUUGAUCAAAAAUUGGAUGAAGCCAUGAAGUCUGUUCUCGAUCACGUCAAAGUUGAAGAAAGCGAAGUAUUGCCUCUUUUGAGAGAAAAGAUUAGCGAAGACACUUUGAAACGUGUAGGUGCUUCAUUCAAGGCUCAUAAGGCAACUGCUGUUACAAGACCUCAUCCAGAUGCUCCUGCCCAAGGAUUCCCUGCUGCUGCGGCAAAUGUCUUAACUAAGCCUUUUGAUAUGCUCAAGGACUUUACUGAAAAAUAA